AACAUAAUACAAACUACAAACAAACCCGGGAUAGAAUGUGUCUGCAAAUGAAAAGUUACUGAACAUAAGGUUAAAUGGUGAACAAGCAUGAGUAAAUCUGUAAACUAUGAUGUUAUGAUGGAUAAAAGUAGGGACAAGUGGUGUAAUUCUUACCCACUUUGUCACAAUUUCCAUUAGACUUAUUUUUUCUAAAUCUGUCCUGAAUUGGUAAAUUGCUCCCAGGUGAAUCUUGACUUUCUCUAACGAAGGGAAAUGUGUGAAGCAUUAGAUCAACAAAUGAUCAACCAGUUUUCUGAAAUAGCUCAAAGGUGCAUCUCAUGAACCAACUGGCAAGUAUAUGUAUAUAUAGCCGGAGCACAACACAAUGUUACAAUGUCUCACAAUGGAAGGACAAGUAAUUGGACGGGGUCAACACCCAGAGAGAAGAAGAAGAGGAAGAGGAGUGAGGCUGCGUGGAGGAGGAGUUGGGAGGCAAAACAGAGGAAGAGGCAGACGAGGCCUUUCUGUAUCACAAUGACAUGGUCUGUCAACAAAUUACAGUACAAACAGUAAAAGCAUAAAUGUGAAUCUCGUCCAGUCUCUUGCAAUCAAUCUCCCACAUACACUAAGGUGUAACUUACAAUUUACAAUAAGUGUCAUCAACACUUUAGCCAUAGUUUACAUCAGAACAUCCCUCCAGAGUAAACUGUUAUAUUGACAACACGACUAAGCAAUUUGACUGUCUUAUCCGUACACAAUAACACAAGGACUUGUCAUUCUGAUGGCAGUGACAUGUUCAUUGACACAGAUAUUUACUUUUGAGAGAUGAACUAAGGAUUUUGAGCAAGAGACUGGCUUUUGCAGGUAAUCCAUGGUGUUGUGCUAUUUGUACGAAUUGUUUUGAGAAAUUCACUUACUGUUUUGCAAAUGUCGAGGAUGAUUCGAGAAAUGUACCAAAGCGACUGAGAAAAACUGUAAUAGACAGAAUAUCUUUUCAAGCCUUUUUGAAAUUCUUCCAGAUUAGUGGGAUGCCACUUCCUUUCUAGCAUUCGUGAAAUCUGCUUUAGAGCAUGUGUUUUUAAGUUGAAUAAAUUCGUUUUUGUAGCCACCUUGAAAAAGAAGUGAUAAUAUUCUGUCCAACAGUUAUUUGUCUGAGGAAAGGUCUGCCAACAAAGUUUAUCUUUACAGUCUCUAACAGGCAUUUCUUUUUCCAGCACAAGAACAGGAUGUCUCAAAACUAUUAGAUGUCUCGACAAAGGAAACAGACUACACACUUUAAACAGCCUUCAGUUUACAGCCAUGGAAGAUGCAUGCACUUUCUUCAUUUUACGAAUUUGCAGAAAUUUCUUUUUUUUUUUUUUUUACAAAAAUUUUACAUUUGCAUUAAACUGUUUAUAAGGCAUAUAAGAUUAUAAGGCAACAACAUGACCCCAGCAUGACAGGGUCAAAUAAGGACUUCCACUGAAAUAUUUUCACACAACACCUUCCUUAAGGCAAUCAAUUGGCAAAUGAUUUUGGUGGCAAGUUAAGAUGUGAAAGAAGAAGUUGUGUCACUGUGGUCACACACCACCCACCCCAGGAGCUGAACAAAGAGUAUUUAACUGGAGACCUGCAUGAGUUUUAUCAUCAGCCUAGAAAUAGGCACCACUCAACGUGCUCAACGUGGAGAAAAAUUUUGUGGUAACCUACAAAGCCUACCAUCAGUUCUCUGCUGUACUGCAGGAUGUCUCAAAGGAAGAUGCUGCAAUUCUCCACAGGAGCUCUGCUUCUUCUCCUACCCUGGUUUGGUGGCCUGGUCCUCGGAGAGGUCGUCAAUGACUUUUCCAACUGUAAACAAUUCUUUUAUAUGGACACUCCACCAACAGGUAUCACCGGAAAUGAUUAUCAGCCAAUAUGCCAGCGCUACAACAACAAGUACCGCUUUGCCACCCUGUAUGACCGUGCUCGUCGUUCAGCACUGUACUCUGCAUACAUACUCAGCUCUCCAGACGGUGGAAGGGAUGAUGAAACCUGGAUGUAUGAACCACAGCUGGCAAAUAUAAAAGGUAAUCCAUCCAUGCAAGAACUCAACUUGAACCCAGACAACAAUGUGAAAACUAGCCAGGCAGUGCUUGAGGACUACAGGGGGAGCCUCUACACCAGGGGCCAUCUCACCCCCAGCAUGCACCAGCACUCACUGGAUGACCGUAAGGCCACCUACACCUUGACAAACAUUGUCCCUCAGUGGGAAGGCUCCAAUAGUGGUCCCUGGAGAGAACUGGAGGAAGAGGUGUUGAGGGAAUUCAACAAGUGCUGCAAAGGGCAGAUGUAUGUGAUCACCGGAGUCCUGCCUGGAAAUAAAUGGAUGAACAGCAGGGUGUCUGUUCCUGAUUACCUGUGGUCUGCCUACUGCUGCCCAGAUCACACACAAAACCUUCCUGAGUGUCAGUCAUUUUUCCCCACAUAUGCUGCAGUGGGAAGCAAUCUUAAAGUAAAGCCAGCCGGUGACACGGUGGGGGUCCGUAUAGACGGCUUUCAUGUGACGCGGAUGUCCUUGAAUAGCUUAGAGAGAAUCCUGAAAGAUAGGCCGGGAAUGCCAAUCGUCAGUCUGUUUGAUGGGCAGUGUAAGGAAAUGGAUGACAAGCUUUAAGCAGAAGUUAGUUAACUUAACUUACGGGUGUCCAACAGUCACCAAGUACAGCGCAGCACCCCCUAGUGUGUGGUCAGCCUCAAAAUCUUAUAAAAACUCCCCCACUGCUUAAUUGCUUAAUAAAUGUUUGAUCAAAAUAUUGUCUUGUCUCAUGAUGGUUGGAAAUGAAUAUUUUUGAUGAAUAUGAUCUUGCAAUUUUGAUCAAUGUCAUCUUGUAUCAUGUUCACAAAGCCCAUCAUUGUCCAAUAAAUCAAGACUGAAAUGUG